GAGGAUAUAAAGAUGAAGGAGGAGGAGGAAGAGAAAGACAGGCGCCCCGAGGAGUCUCCACGACAGACAAGCAGGCAGGCAGGCAGGCAAGCAAGCAGGCAGGCAAGCAAAGCGGGCAAGAAGUCCGCACGAGUGGCUGGGGUGUCGUACGGAGGCUAUGGUGGUGGGGGUGGGCGCGUGCAGCCGGCCUGCAGCUGCCUCUUUUACCAUCCUCUUCCCCUCGUUUCCCUCGCCCAAAUUCCCCGUACCCCUCUAGAGUUCCACACGUCGUACCACCGGCGCAGCCGCUACCCACCACCCCUCUAGUUGGCCAACCCCUCCCGUCGGGGGCCUGGCGGGACCACAAUUAUAAGUAGGGGUGCUCCCGGCUUACUACCUCCAGUCGAGGGUUGCACGCCGUGGUGUGGACGCGCGGAUACAUAGCCCGUCGUUCCGCAAACUCGAAGCGCACGCGUGUACGGGAACGAGAGAGAGAGAGAGGAGAGGAUUUCAGUUAAGAGGAAGACGGACUAUAGUUUACUAUUCUCUGCUAUCCAAGGAUAUAUUCCCCCGCAUUGCCGUUGCAGAGGGAGAAAGAUAGAAAGUAUAGAAGGGGAUAGAAGGGGAUAGAAGAGGCGCGCGCACUGACACCGUAUAGUUAACACGAUUCAACGUCCCGAAGUUCCUAUACGGUCAUCGUGCACGCGAAAGCAACCGAGAUCGGACUCGCCAUCUGUCGAUCGCGCGUUGCUAGUGUUUCGUGAGCAGUCGAUGGUUAUAGUGAUUCCCCGAGUGGCCACAGUGUGGCGCUAGUGUUGCCUAUUAGUGGCGCGGAAACACGUUCGACGAAUAUAUACAGCUUUUUCAGUGGGAGUUAUACGAUCGUGUACACACGUAUAUACGGUGUACAUAUCGAGAGAACGGAGAAGGAUAGGAGUGCAUUUAAUAGGACACAGAGCGAGAUCAAGCUGUACUCGUAUACGGACGUAUGUACGCACACGAUUAAGGAGUACUUUCACAAAGGAAAAUACGGGCUUACUGGCACCGGUACCACGAUCAAGGGGCGCAUCUCUGGAUCCAGUAGUAGCUCAGCUGCGGAGUAGUGCCUUUCGUGCCGGUUCUCUAUAGUGUGUAACUUCUCCUGCUUUCCCCCCUCCCUUUAGCUCUACGAAAACUUUUCCCCUCUGUCGGUGUGCGAAGGCAAAAGCACAUUGACUCUCCCGUUCGUCUUUGACUCGUCACACACUGUGAGGGUAUCCUCGCUCCACCUCCACCUUUGCCUGUACACCACUACCCUUCUCUUCUUCCUCCUACUCUUUUCUCCAUCACCACCUCUACCACCACCACCACCUCUACCACCACCACCACCACCACCACCACUAGCAUCACUUCUCCUCUCGUGCUACUCUUGCCGGCGGUCUCCGAGGGAAUAUUCCUCACGGUUCGUCGACGGCCAGUCAGUGCGCGACUCGUCGUUGUUGCGACGGUUGGCGAGGAGGAGAGUGUUGUAUACGUGCCUUUUCGUGGAAAAUUAUGCUCGUGGCGGAUUGUCGUGCUCCUCGUCGACGUAGUGGCUCGUGUACCGCGAAUGAACGCUCGACACGAGCGUAGUUGUGAGAUUUUUAAUAUCGAUCAAAGAGCUGACGAAAAUAAAAAAAAGAUUAUCGAGUACACGAUCUGUCUACUAUAUUAUACAUAUAUAUACACACAUAGAGACAGGGAAAGAACCCGGAGAGAUAUUCAAAUCAUCAUCCAACGAAUAGAAAGAGAGAGGCGUCGCCCGAAGGAUCGCAAACCAUCAGUGUGUUUUUCAUAGAUCCUACGCGCAAAAGUAUUUAUCCCAUACCCUGUUGGACGAAGCUGUUCUACGACUCUCGGCGUCCCACGGAUAAUGGAAUAAAGUGUGUCACAGUGUUCAGUGAUCGCGCGUGAUUUUCUAAUAUUCUCGCGGCUACCGUGAUUAUCUCUUUGCCACCGGAUAUACAUGAAUAUAAAUAAAUAAAUAAAUAAAUAUAUAUAUAUAUAUAUCAACGUCAUUUUUUUCUGAGUGUAUUAUACAGUGUGCUACAGACCAGCAGAAGUGACCGCGCGGAUCAUCCGUGAGUUAGCUUCGUUUCGACUUUAUUUUUUUUUUUCAUUUUGCGUGAAGUAUAAGCCGGCAAUAAGUUUUCUUCGACACAUAUUGAAACAAGGAUUACGUAUCGACAUCUUGACGAAAUCGACCGACGAAAGAAGGAAAACAGUGUGUGUUGAAGGAAUACAGUAGCUCGUACCUUCUACGUACGGUGGCUAUGCAGCCUCGCGAAAUUACGGCGAGGAGGUAACGCCGACGAGCACACCAGAGCACCACGGUCCACACACUUCCGCCGACGACGCAUCGGCGGCGUGUAAACAUCGAACGAAACAACCACCAAACAUGUGGACCACGAUGCUCGUGUGGACGGCCGCCGUCGUGCUUCUGCCAGCACCCCGAGCGGUAAAUGCUUCUGGGGUGUUCGAGUUGAGGCUGAAGUCAUUCGUGAACGAGUAUGGAAAAGACAGUCUUGGCAAGUGCUGUUCAGGCAGCACUUCCAAGACUGGCGAGUGCUCAGGCGUUUGUAAGACCAGGUUCAGGGUCUGCUUGAAACAAUAUCAAGUGAAGAUCGACACGACGACGCCGUGCACAUACGGCGACGUCGUCACACCCGUUCUGGGCGAGAACAUCGUUAAUCUCAGCCCCAAUGUCGCCAUUCCAGGCUUCACUAAUCCCAUCAGAUUUCCAUUCGACUUCACGUGGCCGGGCACAUUCUCGCUGAUAGUGGAGGCUUAUCACGACGCAGACAACACGACACAACACUCGAGCGGUAAGUAA